GGGCAGAACCGGAAACAGCGGCGGACUGAGCGCCGGGGCGGCCCGUAGCCGCGGAGCCGAGCGGAACCGGAACCGACGGACCCGCGGACGCGCCCUCCGCCCGAGCGCCUCGCAUCGCCGGGCAACUGCCUCCGUUUCAGUCGAGGAAACCUUUCAAUGAAACUUGCUUAAAAUCUGAGCUCGCACACAGAAGAGAGACUGCAAUCAACGCUGAAGUGGAAGGGAAAGAUGCUGUCCUUGAACAACAUACAGAAUGUCAUCUACAACCCGAUAAUCCCCUAUGUUGGGACCAUCCCUGAGCAGUUGGAGCCUGGAACUUUGAUUGUGAUCCGUGGGCAUGUUCCCGGGGACUCGGACAGGUUCCAGGUGGACCUGCAGAGCGGCAGCAGCGUGAACCCGCGAGCGGACGUGGUCUUCCACUUCAACCCCCGUUUCAAAAGGACCAACUGCAUCGUGUGCAACACUCUGAAAAACGAGAAAUGGGGGCGGGAGGAGAUCACCUACGACAUGCCUUUCAGGAAGGAGAAGUCCUUCGAGAUCGUGAUGAUGGUGCUGAAAGACAAAUUCCAGGUGGCUGUCAAUGGGAAACACACGCUGCUCUACGCCCACAGGAUCAGCCCCGAGAAGAUCGACACCCUGGGCAUCUACGGCAAAGUGAGCAUCCACUCGGUGGGCUUCAGCUUCAGCUCGGAUUUAAGGAGCGCCCAAGCAUCCACUCUGGAAGUGGCAGUUCUAAAUGGAGAAGAUGUACCCAGUGCCGGCAUGUCGCAGUUUCCUAGUAAUAGAGGAGACACUGAUAAAAUCGUACCCAGAACUGUCUGCACCAAGAACAAAGGUUCGACUGCCCAUCACACUUUGACUUGCGCCAAAAUACUACCUAUCAACUGUUUGUCCAAGACUCUGCCUUUCGUGGCGAGGUUGAACUCCUCCAUGGGCCCUGGACGGACCGUCGUCAUUAAAGGAGAAGUGAACGCGAAGGCCAAAGGCUUUAAUGUUGAUCUGAUAUCAGGAAAAUCAAAGGAUAUUGCUCUCCACUUGAACCCGCGCCUGAAUAGUAAAGCAUUUAUAAGGAAUUCUUUCCUUCAAGAGUCUUGGGGAGAAGAAGAGAGAAAUAUUACCUGUUUCCCAUUUAGUCCUGGGAUGUACUUUGAGAUGAUAAUUUACUGUGAUGUUAAGGAGUUCAAGGUUGCGGUGAAUGGCGUCCACAGCCUGGAGUACAAGCACAGGUUUAAAGAGCUCCCCAGCAUCGACACCCUGGAGAUCGACGGAGACAUACAGCUGCUGGAAGUAAGGAGCUGGUAGCUGACACGACCACCACGAAAACUGAAAUACAGAAUGGCUUACGUGACACUGGCCUGGUUAAAAUGCAUCUCACGACCAUACUACCUGUGUAUAUAGUUAAGAUGAGCUUCCGCAGCGUUAGUCCUCCUGGGGUCCUCAGACCUGUCAUGCAGGAGGCUCUGUCUAGCGCAGGAGGAGGAAGUUGGAGGCAGCAGCAGCUUAUGCAUUAUUCAGGCCUCCUCCUCUCUCCCCACCCGCCUCGUGUUUAUAACCCGCUUCACAGUCACCAGGCACUGGUGAGGUGCCUGCUCUAUACAGCAGCAAACAUGCAUCGAGCACUGCCUUCGCUAGCACUGUGCUGGGUUGGAUGUACAGUGGUGUCCAAAACCAUGUUCCUUAUUCUCUUCUGUGUCUGCCCUUGUGCCACUGCAGGUUAGAUACACUCACCAGGGCCUUGGAAUGACUCAGCUAUUAAAUCACCUAAGUCAUUAAUUAUAGAAGGCACCACUACAGCCCCAGGGACCGAAUUCUUAAGGAGCCUUCUCUCAUCCCCGCAGCCGAGGAGUUGAUAGCGACUUAUAUCUGGCAGUUCCCUUUAAUAUAAUAAGCAUCCAACUGUAAGCACCACCAAAUCAUUAACACCAUGACAUGAACACGGCACAGAGAUUAAGGCAACAAAACGAAGCAAAAGCAACACAAACAAAUGGUGUUGAAAUUCACUUGAUGUCAAUCACAAUACUUUUGUACCAGUAAGUGGUUAUUGUAGAAUAUAUAUAUUUUUUUUAUGACUUUAGGGUGAGUUAAAGGUCUGCACAUACCUGUACAGAGGGUUUAAGGUAGAAGCGAGAGGAAUUCAAUUUGCAAAUGUUUAUGGGUCACAAAGCAAAGUUAAGAACUGAUUGAAUGUUUAUGAAACAGGCCCUACCAGAAAGUGAAAUAGACCAACGUAGAGAGGCAACAGAAACACCUGUUGGUUGUCUGCAUGCAAAGCGACAGCGCCUCUCUGCUUUUCCAAAGAUUAGUCCAUCACUAGGCUGAGAUCAAACAUUGUUCUAUCUGAGUGAUUAAAUCAAACCUGUAUCAGCAA